AUGACGAGGAUGAAGGUCGCAAUGUUCAAGCUUCUUUUCAUUGUCCUGACUCUUGCUUUUCAACUGGCAAGGCAUAAAGCUUUAGCCAGCAGAGCCUCUUCGAAUGAAGCGGCUAUGAAUAUUCUGUCGAAAUGCCCCCAGAGCAAGUGUUUGGUAAGGUUACCUCUCAACCUUUCCAUAAGAUACGGUGGCUCGUACCAUCAAACAUAUUCCAAAGUUUAAUUGUAGUUCGCUUUCGGGUUUUAAUACUUUGUUUCUUUUUUUAACAGACGGAUGCAGUCGCCUGUCUUGCUGGAGCACAGUGCAGCGGUCCUGAAAGUUCAGGUGAGGAAAAAUAACCUGAAGUAUCCCAUUCGGUUACGCAGCGAAAAGUCAUUACUUUCAAAGCCACACCCUUGGAGAAGAGAGAACGUGAGACAGUUUGGUUUUAACACCAAAGGAAAUUUUCCAAAAAAAAAAAAGACACGCAGAUAUUAAAAUUCUUUAGACACAGCCAAAUUCCUAUGAGCAAACUUUCUUUGACUGGAUUAAGCUUUUUAAAAUUUAUCUAAUCACUUAUUAUCACUUAAACACGAGACGGCUAUUGCAAUACAGUUGACCAUGGCAUGGAUUUUUUAAUAAACCAGUAACCUCAUCGUGACUUUUACCAUACGAGAAAUUAUACAAUUAAAUCAAUUUUCUUAUAAAUGUCUGUUACUUUUGAUAAUUUACAGAUCAAACAAAAAAGCUGGAAAAUCUAGAGAAAGAGGUGAGGUUACCAUGAAAGGGCGCUUUUUUAAAACCUUCAAUUAAACUAAGUUUAAAGCGGAAGGCUUUUGCCAUUUAGUUUCUUAGCUACAGUAAAUUUUUCGUUGGAUAUUCGUUUUGUUGAUACGGUUUGUUAAGUUACCCGUGAGAAGGGGAAUUUGUUUGGACAGGGUAUUGAGUCACGACGCAUUCACUAAACAUAAAGCCGGAUUCAUUCCAAAGAUUUCGUUCUUGCUUUUCAUUCUCGAAAUCUUUUUGAGGUAAAUUAAUCCUUUGCUUUGUAACAAAGUUACGUUACAAACCACUGCUAGCCGAGAUUAACUGUUUUACUGUGACUAGUGCGACGAGGUCGCGAGCUAGUAUUAAAAUCCCCCUUUUUUGCAUUUCUAGUCAAAGAGAGACAAGUUUGUUUAGUUCAAUCGGUUAGUUUACCUAUAUUUAUUUAGCUGACGCUAUAGAAUCUGGUAACCUUCAAAUCCCCUUCUUCAGUCAAAAUUGCUAAAUUUUUUCAUUCUGUAUUUCGUUCUUGAAAUCACUGAUUUGCAGGUCGCCAACUUAAAAGCAGAGCUGGCAAAAGCGGGCAAACCUUCUGGCUUCGCCACGCUCGACAGCAAUGGCCGCCUGCCCCACAACCUUCUUGACGCAGGUUAUGAUAAGUACUCUGCGUACGACUUGGCGUGGCAGUCUCUCCACAUGGCGGCUGCUGCUGCCUGUAGAGGUAGCACUGCUUCAGGAGGAACUGGUUGCUGUGAAAACCAGGUGAUGGCAAGAAACACUGCUGAGAGGAAGACGUGUGCUCAGAUUUGUGCCCAGACUGUUUUCCGCAACUGUGACGCAGAGGUUUCUAUAUAUGGAAAGAAAGGCAAGGCAACAAAGAACGGAAUGAUCGUCGGCGCGUUUUACAAUUACGCCUGUAACCAUGGAGCCAACGGAGGAAGUGAGGUGUCCAGUUCUGACGAAACUGUCAUGAACUACAGUUACCCUUAUUUCAGCUUUUGUUGCUGUCGAAAGUAG